UGGGUCUCUAGUGGAUGCAGUCAGUCAGUCAGAGUGGAGUCCCACGCGUUUCUGCGCGAGAGCCGCUGCAGUCUGUGACUACUGGAAAACUGAGGAACAAUUCAGAGAAAAGGUGCUUUGUUGGAUUUAUGUAUAUUUUUAAUAGUUUUUUUUUUACUCCCUGGUGAUCCAAAAGACGCGGCCUCUUUGGAUUGCAUGAAAAAGUCAAGAAGUCCCGUUGUUUGAGGGAGAGAUCAGCGGAAUAUGAUUUGAACCACAGAGACAGACAGCACAGUUGCGCACUUAACAGGAUGAAUCUGCAUUUGCUUCAUGCCGCCCUCUUGCUGUGGGCCUCAUGCCCCAGCAUGCAGAGCCUGUGUGACAAAUCAUCAGAGACGAACAAACUCAACCUUUCGGUCACCUACGAGCUUCCAAACUUCACCGCAGACUUCCCGGUCCAGAACAUGGUGGUACUGGAUGGGAUCAUCUACGUCGGGGCUGUUAACAGAAUCUAUGCUUUGGCCCCGAACCUUACCAAGUUGUCGGAGUACCACACGGGGCCGCUGCUCGCCAACGAGACCUGCGGACAGUCGCAGUCGAGAACAGGCAAUGGCCGAAGGGUUGACAACCACAACAUCGCUUUAGUGGUGGAGAACAUUUAUGACAAGGGGCUGUACAGCUGUGGUUCAGCAGAUAAUGGCGUGUGCCGCCGUCAUGUCCUGGAUGAAGACUUUGGGCUAAAAACAGUUGAUGAAGAUGUCUACUGCUUUGCUGGAAAGGUGAGGGCAGGUGAGGGUCAACCCAGUGAUGCAGAUGUUGUAGUGAGCCCAUCUGGUUCUCAGGUGCUCAAUGUGGAGAGCAACAUUAUUAAGUUUUUUGUUGGAAACUCAGAGAUUCCAGGCACAGAAAAGGCACCAGGCAGUGCGACUCAUCCCCACACCAUCUCUCAGAGGAAGAUGAAGGCGAGUCAAGAUGGCUUUACUUUCUUUUCCAAUUUAGCUUACAUGGACCUGAUUCCAUCUUUUCGUGGAAACUACUACCUGCGCUACCUUUACUCCUUCCAUAGCGGGCCCUUCACCUACUUCCUCACUGUGCAGCAGGUGAGCAGAGACACCCAGGGCUACCACAGCCGCAUAGUCCGUAUGUGCUCCUCGGACCUUAUCAUCCGCCGCUAUGUGGAAAUGCCCCUGGAAUGCAUCAGCACUGACAAGAGGCGGCGACGCUCCUCUGCCGAAGUAGUGAAAGUGUUUAACAUCCUCCAGGCCGCUCAUGUCACCAAGGUGGGCAAUGAUGUGGAGCUGCAGAAGCUGCUGAAAGUGGACGAAGAUGAUGAUGUGCUGUAUGCCGCCUUCGCUCGAGGAAAGCCCAACUCUCCAGAGCCGACCCCUCACUCUGCCGUCUGCAUCAUGUCCCUGAAACACAUCAACUCCAUGUUCAAGAUGUACAUGGAGAGGUGCAGCACGACUGACCCGUAUCACUUCACAGGAUCAGACAAGAAGUCUUGCUACAACGUGAGUUCUUCAGAUGACUGCAAUCCCCACGAAGGAAUACAUGAAGGGAAAGAGGGCACGUACCGCUUGGAGGUGACCCAGUUUGUUCAAAGGUUGGAGUAUUGGCACAAAGACUUGUCGAACACCUUGGUUACCUCAGUUACUGCAACUCUGGUCCACGGUCGCACUGUGGUCCACAUUGGAACAGCAGAUGGACGCUACAUGCAGGUGCUGGUCUCCCGAUUUAAAUCACCUCAUGUGAACAUCCGUCUGGACCCAAGACCAGUCUCUGUUAGUGUAGCGCUGCUGGAUAAUGCUCAGUCAGAUGGAGCUCUGCUAGUGGCCACAGGAAACAAGAUCACAAAGAUCCCUCUGAUUGGCCCCGGGUGCGAUCAGCUGACCACCUGUACGUCCUGUUUGCUGUCAUCGAGGGUGACCGAAUGUGGCUGGUGUGACGGACGCUGCACCAGAAAGAAUCAGUGUCCUUCUUCCUCGGAGUGGACUCAGGACUACUGCACACCUGUCAUCACUAAGGUUUUUCCAGCCUCUGGACCGGUGCGUGGCUCGACAACUGUGACAAUUUGCGGAAGCAACUUUGGCUUCGACAAGACGGAGACCUUCAAGGCCUCGAUGGUUUCUGUGAAAGUGGCAGGAGCUCCAUGCAAAAUGCCUAGACAAGAGCAGAUCAACACAUGGACUGAGAUGCAGUGUUCCCCGGUGUUCAGUGGGAACUUCACCCCGUCAGGAAACAUCGUGAAGGUCACCAGUGGAAGCAAGGAAGCUGAGAAGGAAGGUUUCUUGUUUGUGGACCCCAUAAUCAAAGAAAUCUUUCCCACUUUUGGCCCGAAGUCUGGAAACACCAUGUUGACUAUCAGAGGAGCCUUCCUGGACACUGGAAACAAGCAAGAGGUGACUGUGGGGAAGUCAAUCUGUAAGAUCCAGAGCUUGUCGUCUUCCAUGCUGACCUGUAAGACACCUCCAAAUGCCGCCCACUCAGAGCAGCCCAUAAAGCUGACAGUGGAUUCUGUUGAGCGCCUCGCUCCCAUGCCAUUCAGAUACAACGAAGACCCCGUCAUCAGCAGGAUCCAGCCCUUACGUUCCUUUGUGAGCGGAGGCUGUACAGUGUCGGCUCACGGCUUCCAUCUCCAGUCUGGCCUCCAGCCCCAGAUGGUUCUCACCACUGGUCAGGAUGCUGCAGUCUUCCAUGUGAGCUGUGUGUAUGGUGAAAACCGGACCUCCAUCCAGUGUACCACGCCUUCCUUGGCUAAACUGGCCCUGCAGCCCCCUGUGGUUACCAAGGUGGCGUUUGUCCUGGACGGCUUCUCAACAGAUCAGAAGGACCUUAUCUACGUGGAGGACCCACUUUUUCAGGACCCCAAGCUUACCUCUAAGGACAACAAGAGCAUUGUGGAGCUCAAAGUGAGGGGUGAUCGGAUGGACACGGAGGCAAUGAAGUGUCAGGUCUUGACAGUCUCCAACCACAGCUGCGAGAAUCUGACUCUGGUAGAAAACACUCUGAAGUGCACUGUUCCCACCGAGCUGCAAACCACCACUGGGAAGGAGCUGCAGGUUGAGUGGCGCCAGGCAGACUCCAUCAGGCAUCUGGGCAAGGUGACGCUGGCUCAGGAGCAGGACUACACGGCUCUCGUCGUGGGCUGCGUGUGCGUCAGCUUACUGCUGCUGCUUCUGGGGUCCCUGCUGAUGUGGAGGAGGAACAAACACAUCGAUGAUCUGUCUGAGGUGUGGUAUGAUGGCCGGGGUCACAUCCAGCAUCUGGACAGGCUGGCUAACGCGAGGAGCGUCAGCCCCACUAAUGAAAUGGUCUCCCACGAGUCAGUGGACUAUAGAACAACCCUGCUUGAGGAUCAGGGUGCCGACAGGCCGGAGACGUGCCGGGCAGCUCCUCCCGUCUACGGGGGCAAUGGGGAGCUGCUGUCGUCCAGACUUGGAGCUCUGGGAGUCGGGAUGGGUCUGGGGAUGGAAGGCGAGUUGGUGUCACCCCUGCUGGUGGCCCCGGUCCACAUUGACCCAUCCUGUCUUCACCCAGACCUGUUGACUGAGGUGCAGCAUGUGGUGAUCGCCAGGGAAAAGCUGCUGCUUCACAUCAAUCAGGUCAUCGGCAGAGGCCACUUCGGCUGUGUAUUUCACGGAACGCUGCUCGAGCCAGACGGGCAGAAGCAGCACUGCGCCGUCAAGUCCCUAAACCGUAUCACAGACUUGGAGGAGGUGUCCCAAUUCCUAAAGGAGGGGAUCAUUAUGAAGGACUUCAGUCACCCCAACGUCCUCUCUCUGCUGGGUAUCUGCCUUCCACCAGAGGGCUCGCCGCUGGUUGUUCUACCCUACAUGAAGCAUGGAGACCUGCGCAACUUCAUCCGCAACGAGGGACAUAACCCAACGGUGAAGGACCUGAUGGGCUUCGGGCUGCAGGUGGCUAGAGGAAUGAAGUAUCUAGCCAGUAAGAAGUUUGUCCACAGAGACCUGGCUGCCAGGAACUGCAUGCUGGAUGAGAGCUAUACGGUGAAGGUGGCAGACUUUGGCCUGGCUCGAGAUGUUUAUGACAAGGAAUAUUACAGUGUCCACAACAAGAGUGGCGUCAAGCUGCCCGUCAAAUGGAUGGCUCUGGAGAGCCUGCAGACGCACAAGUUCACCACCAAGUCAGACGUGUGGUCGUUUGGUGUGUUGCUAUGGGAAUUAAUGACCCGCGGCGCUCCGCCAUACUCUGAUGUGAACUCCUUCGACAUCACCGUCUUCCUCCUGCAGGGGAGGAGGCUGCUACAGCCCGAGUUCUGCCCCGAUUCUCUAUACACGGUGAUGAUUGAAUGCUGGCAUCCGAAGCCGGAGCGGCGGCCCUCCUUCUCUGAGCUGGUGUCGCGCAUCUCCACCAUCUUUUCCAGCUUCAGUGGGGAGCACUACGUCCUCCUCAACACCACAUAUGUCAACAUCGAUAAAAUGAGCCCUUACCCCUCCCUCUUAGCCUCCACGGCUUCUUCCUCCUCAUCUUCCUCCUCCUCUGAGCCCUCCUCCUCCUCCUCCCUUCCCUGCCACUCCCCUUUCUUGUGCCAUGUGGAGCGAGACUGCUGCACCUGAGAGAAGGAAGGAGAAGAGACUCAGAAAAAGAGGAAAACGCAAAGGAAGAGAAAACAUGAGGUGAUUUGAGAACUACUGUAUGUACCUGCAAAACACUGGACACUGCAUGCUGAGAAAAAAAAAACAGUUUUUAGAGCUUGGACUG